AUGGCAGCGGCUAAUGGCAUCACGCUAAUGUCGACACCCGCCCCAGAUGUCGACUCCGUGCACAUAACGCGGCUCUCGGUGCCGCGAGUGUACGUGCUAGAUAAUUACCAUCACCAUCGGCAUCAGCACCAGUACCUAGGCCGGAACCAGCUGCGAACCCGCGACGAUCCGGACGUCCCGUUCGAUCCGGAACCGGACCCACUGACCGCCGCCGUACGGGUCCCAGAUCCGGCCGAACAUCUCGUGCUGGACUGCGAGUACGUCAUCGAAACGCACGAGACCGGUUUCGUGCUGAAGUGGCUGCACAACGACGUCUCGAUCUACCAGUGGAUUCCACCGCACCGGAGCCCGUCCAGCUUGAACCGGAUGCGGGACCACGUCAACCGGACGUUCACCGUCGGCAACGAGGCGAUGCACAAGCACCGGGCACUCGCGCUGAUGCACCCAAGCCAGGACUUUGCCGGCAAGUACAGCUGCUCGGUGCAGACGUUCCAGUCGUUCGACAUCAAGUCCGCCGAUCUGUUCAUCAUCGUGCCCGAGUCCGCGUUCACGCUAAAGUACUACCGGGACCUGAACGACCUGGUGACGGUCGUCUGCAGCGUGUUCGGCAUCUUCCCAUCGCCGGAGCUGUCACUGUGGAUCAACGACUACCGGCUGGAGAAUGGUAGCGCGAACGAGAUCCCGGUGGUGGAGGGCCUGUUCGACAGCUCGGUCAGUGUGCAGUUGGUCCUGUACGAGUCGCUCCAGCCGGACGAUGUGAUUCGUUGCAUGCUUACCGUGCCUGGGACCGAGUAUCAGCGCACGAAGGAAACCGUUUUUGUGGAUGUAAAUAGCAGACCGUUUGGGGACUCCAACUCCAUCCUGGACCCGUUCGGGACGGUCACAACUGGCAGCACGACGUCACAGGUUCCACCAACGUCCAGUUCUCCUGCGACCACUCCGCCAACUACUCCGGAGACGGUAGUGACGAGUGCAAAGCCAAGCCCAACCAGUAGCCAGGUGUCGGUAGGAGUUGUACCGAAGGACGCAGUCCGCCAGCAGAUUCCGUCUGUACUGCGUCUCCGCCCAACGGCGAGUUCUACGCGGGUGCUGACGGUACAGCAGUCGAAUUCGGUCGAGUCCGACGAGAUCAUGAACGUGCUGGAUUUUAAGGAGCUACUGAAUGACAACCUGCUCUACAACAACGCCGGCACACGGACAGGUAUUCAUUGGCUACGAACGUGCGACUGGUUGCGGUUUGUGGUUUUGGUUUUGGGCAUGCCUUCGCUUCUUACCGGUCACAUCGUCCUGGCGGCGCUACGGCGAUGGCAGAUGCUGGGAUCGUAAUCCGGCCCGUCCCGGGACAGUGAAGCGCGGACACGACUUCGGGAAAUGAGCCUCUGCAAACUUAUGACGCCGGCCGGAGGGAGAAAAACUCCCCCGGUCUAAACCGGAAACCGAACGCUACUUUAUUGUGCUGGCAAGUUGAAUCCGGACGCUGAGAUGACGCCGGAGCUGGUGGACGGCACCACUCGAGGAGCUAACCGAGACGUUCCAUGUGGUGGCGUGUUAUUGGACAAGGAAAAGAAAUAACCGACCACCCCGGUGGGGAAGUUCGCAGCGGACGAGACCGUCUGAUGGCUUCCACGGCAACCCGUGCAACCAUUUUACGGAAUCCUGAAUAUCUAUCCUUUUUUCCAAACCCCUUCUAUCGCUCUAUCUCUUUCUCUAUCUAUCUUUCUCUUCUCUCUUCUUAACAUCUGCAAGCGGUCCUAAUCUGAUGCCUCGGAAAAUUAGAGAAGGAUGCGUAAGCACUCCAUUACAAAAAAAAAACGAAAUGAAAAAUCAACAAGCGCGUAUACAAUACGGUGGAAGGUAUUACCUUUUUUGUGCGUUCCCUAUAAAAAUGCCAAAGAAAUCGAAAACGUGUUAAGCAUAGGUGUAACUAAGAAAUAAUGAAACACAAAAAAAAAAACACGCAACGAAAUGAAAGAAGGAAAGCUUCUCUGAUAGGGAAAGUAGAAGGCGAACUUAUCUGGAAGGGAAUAAAAAUGAAGGGAUAUGUCGAAUGGCAGUCGGAUACAGACGUAGAAAAGGAGUGUAUAGUACCGUUUUGUGUUAAGAAUCAAUCCAGACAGCACACAGAUAAGUAGGACAACGUAAAAUUUGAUCAAAAUUCGAUGCUUUCCUGCGUACGGCGUGUUUAAUAAGGAUACUUCGUCGACAAGAACUAGCUUUCACGUCCACUAAGAAGUGUAAAUUUAUCUGUAAGGACCUAGAAGAAAGAAACAGCACACCACGGUGUCCAUUCAUUGCUGAGCUUUUGUUUUGGGAUCUGUUUGCCUCUUGUAUACAUGCUACUAAAAACGACUAGCGAUGAAAAAGGGUACGCAUACACCCGGAAGCAACACGUUUCCCGGCCGCAAUCUCGCUGCAAACGUUGUAAAUACUAGACGCUGCACUGAACUUUCAAGUGAACAAACAAAAACGCGCAUGCCAAAUUGAGAAGAUAAUCUUCAGACGAAAAAAAAAUAUCACCAUACGGCGUCCUGUUGGACCCUGGUCGUGCGGUGGUCGAUAAAUGAUGACGAAACGAUAAUAAUGAUGAUGCUGACGAUGUUAACAUAUAGCGAAUG